UGUCGGCUGUCAUCUGUCGAAUUUAGAAUAAAAAAAAAUAUAUUACAUACCUUUUAAAAUAACCUAGAAAUAUAAACAAAUGUUCUUUAGGGCAUUAUUUUAUUUUAAUCCAUCUAUAUUUAUUCAAGAAAAUAACUAAACAUAUUGAAUUAUUGUUUACAAAGUCUUGAAAGAUGAAUUGUAUGCGGUUGUUUAAGUCAAUAUAUCACUGGCCAUAUCGAGUACCAAUCGCAAAAUAUAUUGGACAACAUCCUUUUAAAUUCUUAGAAACACAAGACAAGUGGAGGGAAUCUGAUGGUGUAUCUAAACGAUGGCACUUAAUAUAUAAAGCACCUAUGGAAAAGGCCCUCAACUAUUUAACUGUAUAUCUAACAUUUUCUACAAGUACUGUUGCCUGUGGAGGUUUAUAUUACGCCGCAUUUGAGUUCGAUUUACAAAAUUUGAAUAAUCCAGUUAUACUAGGCGAAGAUGUGGUCAUUGCAGAUAGUCCUAUAGAGUGUCUAGUUUAUGUUGGAGCAUUUGUCUUAUUUCAUGCAGCUGUGAAAAUGCUUUUAGCUAAGUAUGUAGUGAGAAUGUAUCAAGAUGGGGAUAAUUACUUAGCUGUUUUUAGAGGAAAUUUUUUCAACUCUGUUAAAAAACAUCAAUUCCAUCUAAAUGAUUUCAAGAAAUUGAAUCCUACAAUAGUAGUAUCAUGGGGUGAUGCAAGAUUUGAUAUUGGAAAUAAACAUGCAAUAAUUUUGGAAAAUUAUUUUAAAACACCAGAACACUUCAACUAUUUAUUAAACAAAAAAGGUGUUUAUAAUCCUAAGGAUAACGAUUAGAAGAAACAUAUUGUUACACUAUUUAAUAUUUAGUCAAUAAAACAUAGUUAAUUUGAAA